AUUGGCUGGCUGAGUCGCCCCGCCAGAGGAGCGUAGAAACAGCGCCAUAAUUAAACAGCGCUUAACUCUUGUUUUCUGAGGACGGUUUGCGGUGGAAUAAGCCUAAACAUGACUACUUUAACCUGUGGGAAAUAGUUUUACCAAGCUCUUGGUGACCCUUUACUUCCGGGUAUUGUCAAAGCGAGUUUAACCUACAUGUUAACCUAACAGAGUUAACGGAUGUGGUCCAAGUAGGAAGCUAAGCUUGCUAACGUUGUCAGUUGCGGUGUCUCAGUGUUUCUCUCCCGCUAUCAGGGUCUCUUUGUCGGCCACAGCAGGGAUGAGCUGCCCCGUUAAUCUCACAGCUCUGCCUUCCGGAUUGUUUGAGUCCGUUUUGACUCCAGAGAACAUCAGAGGAAGAGGCUCGAUGAAUUCUCUCACUCCGCUGAGUUUCCCCAAGUCAAGAUCAGCACUGUGGGAUGGCAGCCCUGCAGGACAGAAGCUCCGCCUCCAGCUCUGCGCUCGCAGGAAGCCUCGGUUGGUGCUGAUGGAGAAAGCUCUGCGUCUGGCUCAGCGUCACGCCCGUCAGAGCAACAAGCCUCGCCUCCUCUGCUUCUUCCUGGGAUCAGUGUCUGUGGAUGCAGACGAGGAAGGAGUCACAGUGACCCUGGAUCGGUUUGAUCCGGGUCGGGACCAGGCUGGAUCUUCAGGCAGGACACCCUCUUCUCUGCUGCCUGGAGAUGUCCUGGUUCCCUGUUUGUUCUCCUCACAGAGUGAGACAUCUGACACUGUUGUCCAAUCAGAGGCUGAGCUGCAUCACUGCUUUAAGGCAUUGCAGCAGUGUGUGAGCAGCAGACAGACUCUGGAUCUGGGUCAGCUGAUAAAGUUCAGAGGUCAUGUGGUCUGCUGUCAGCAGUAUGAUGCUGCAGUGUUCAGCCUCAGCUGGUCGUUUGUCUGUCCGUCCAUCAGUGUGGACGUGCAGCCGGUCCGGUCAGUCCCCAUCAUCCCCACCGCUCUGCUGAGGAGUUUGACCAGCUUCAACAGACCACUGCCGCAAGCCGCCAGCCGACAAAGAGGGUUUCUAACCAUGGACCAGACCAGGAAACUCCUCCUGCUGCUGGAGUCUGACCCAAAAGCCUCCACAUUGCCGCUGGUCGGACUCUGGCUGAGCGGAGUCACACAUGUCUACAACCCUCAGGUGUGGGCUUGGUGCCUUCGGUUCCUGUUCAGCUCCUCCCUCCAGGAGAGAGUUUUAUCGGAGAGCGGCUGUUUCCUCCUCGUCCUUUUUGGCUCCACACACAGAGCGCCGCAGUUCUUCCAGUGUCGACGACCAGGAUCAGGUCUACAGCUAGACUACCAGCUGCUCACUGCCUCCCAAUCUGUUACACUGUACCAGCAGCAGGCGGUUUGUGUGGAGGGUCAGACUCUGCGGUGUGAGCUGGGUUCAGAGGAUCUCAGCAGACAAACUCAGGUGUUCAGAGAUGCCAUGAGCUCCUUCAACAGUGCCGUCCAUCCAGCUGCCGGUUUGUCUGUCAGCGAUCAGGACUCCGGAGUCGAGGAUGAAGAUCUGUCUCCACGGCCUUCCCCUAGCCCCCACCUCCCUGCCCAACAGUCUCGCAGAGUUCAGCCGUCUGUCCCUGAACUGUCUCUGCUGAUUGACAGCAGCUUCUCCUCCAAUCCCAACAUCUGGCAGAACCCUGGCUCUGCCCACAAACCUCCAAUGCCUGCUCCUGCUGACAGACAAUCUGUUCCUCAUACUGGAAACACCGCUUCCAACUCUUUAGCCCCUACAACUGCUCCUCAUCCUCAUCUCCACAGCACCCCUCACUCCAACCUGCAGCAGCCCUGCACCUGUUGCUCCUCCCACACCUACAACUGCACCACCAUCUAUUCCUCCUCCCCCACCCUCCACCCUGCACCUGCUGCUUCACCCCAUCACAGAAACAAUACUCCUCCAUGCUCCCGUCAUCAAACUCCUCCUCCCUCCAGUUUCAACCCCGCCUCUCCUCCAUCCUCACAACACCACAGCAAUCCUGCUCCAUCCUUACACCAUCAAACUUCUCCUCCUCCUCUGUCAAGUUUUCACCCUGCUUUAUCCUCCAAACACCAUCACACUGCUUCUUCUGCUCCCUCCGUCCAUCGUCAGACUCCUCCUCCCCAUGCUCUUCGCUCUGCUGCUGCAUCUCCUACACCUGCUGUUUCUCCACAUCACCACAACACUCCUCCACCACCCUCCCAUCAUAGAACUCCCCCUCCUACCAAACCCCACCCUCCGUCUCCAUCCUCCCAUCAUCAAACUCUUUCUCCUCCCUCCGAAAACCAUCAAGCUACUCCUCCCUCCCGUCAUCAUUCUCCACCUCACUUCUCAACCCACUUAGCUCCUUCUCCCUCCCACAGUCCCGUCUCCCUUCCCUCUCUCCACCACCACCACACGCCCCCGCCCUCUAAUCACCUCUCAGGUCCUCCUGCACCUUCCCCCAGCCUCCUAACACCCUACCCGUGUCCCUCCUGUGUGAAUCAGUGCUGUGAUCUGGUGGGUGGAGGUGCAUCAACCGACACCUAUCAGCUCCUACUCCAUCAGGACCGACAGCUACGCCUGCUGCAGGCUCAGGUGCAGAUGUUGUUGGAGGCUCAGGGGAAACUUCAGGUGGACACUCCAACACCCCGCAGCACCGCCAGCAUUGCAGUAGGGACAGGUGCCAGUCUUUUCUGGGGGGAUCCUUGGCAGCCCCUCCCUCAUCAGGAGGACAAGGCUCUGCCCACAUCAUCCCCCAGCCCCACCUCCUCACCCAGGCCUCUCCCUGUGUCCUCCACUGCCCCACACACUGACUUGUCCUUCAUCAGGCCAGCUGAGGAUGGUGACAUCAGAGAUCAGGAAACUGCUGGGCACAGUCUCAGUGGACUGCAGAGUCCGGUCCUAGGAGAGAGUGUCAGCAUGUUCACACCCGCAGACCAGCAGCAGAGCUUUUAUCAGCACCUGAAGAAUCAGCUGACCAGUCGUCUUCAGGAGUCAGACAGUAAACAGGAGGAGAAGAGAGACUCCAGAAGGAGCAGCCUGUCUGCAGCUCCUGACUCCUCCCAGUCCUCCUCAUCCUCCAGCUCCUCUUCAUCCAGGAGGAGACAGCACAGCCUUGGUGGAGACCCGGUGGUCAGUGCCACCCUGCGGCAGCUGCAGCAGCUCGGAGUGAACGUGGAUGAAGAUGAUCUGACGGAGUCUGAGAGAAGAAAACACCAAACUGUGGAGAGCAGCAGCACUUUGGCGGCCAUCAACCCAGCUGCAGUUCUGUCCAGACUGAGCGUGUCCGAGCCGUCAGCCAGCACUCUGUUUCCAGGAGCCAGCGUUGAUCUAAGUCUGGAGGCCAACGCCAUCGCCCUGCGUUACCUCAGUGACUCUCAGCUCAGCAGGCUGUCUCUGGGAGGCCACACCCCCCUGCCAGGUCCUGCUUCCUCCUGCAACUCCCUGUUGUCACCUAGCAACAUGUCCAUGGCCACCAGGAAGUACAUGAGGAGGUACGGUCUGAUCGAGGAAGAGGAUGAUGAGGAUGAAGAGCAGGGGAUCAAUGCUCAGGAGGCGUCAACUCGCCCGCCACUGGGUGAAGCUAUGAACGUCAAGCUCCUCCCACAGAGUCAGCUGAUCAGAGACCUGAAGCCCAAAAUGCAGCUGUUAGCAGACAGCAACAAACCGCACACAGCGGAUAAGGAGAACUGUUCCAGCGGGCGGCCAUCUUUAGUGAGGGCAAGCAGCCGUCAGACAGAAGGAUCAGUGGGAAACAUCCUGGACCUGAGCCGCCUGAGACAGCUGCCCAAACUCUUCUGACGACAACAAAACUGUCCACUCAUCGGAUAGAGACGCUUUAAUUUAAACUUUUAUCUUUUAAAUUGUGUCUAGUUUAAAACUCAGUCAGCUGCCUGAAUUUCUUCUGAUAACACAACCCCAGAAACCAGCCACAGUCUGGAGGUACCGGGUGGAUCAGUUUGAACAGACUCAGACUCAGACUUCAGACUUCAGAUGUAAGAAGCUGUAGUUUCUGGUGUGUUGGAUGUGAUCUGGGUGCUCAGACUCUGGACAUGCUUGUCUCUGGAAGUCUUCCAGCUUUACUCUGUCUUCACUUGUUUAUGAAAUAUUUUCUGUGUUUAAUCUUUUUUUUAAUAAUUUUUAUGUUUUUUUGCACAGAUUUUUUAAAUAUUUAUGAUUCCACAAUAAAACUCAUGAAACUUUAAA